GUGCACAGUAUGUCCAAGCUGUGAUACAAAGUAUCCAACCUGCAUCGUCACAGGCAGACCAAUCUUGGAGUAUCAGUUCUGGAUGUGUCUGAUCUGCAAACAUCGAGCCUUGCAGUCAGAAAUCACUCAGAGGAAGACUUGUCCACUGUGCCACACCAUGAUUUAA